GUGACCCGCGCGCGUAUGGAUUACGGAUUCUCUACAUUCCGUUCUUUCUUCGCUCGACGACAAUAUUUUACAUACCUACGGUAUCUAUCGUACGCGAAUGCGGCUUCUCUGGAGAUUUUGCCGAGUGGCGAGACGCAAACAAAGCCUAUCGGAUCUAGCAACAUUUUUAUGUGCAAGCCGAACGUCGAUAACUUCGAGCUGAUCACCAACAUGCAAUGGCUCGAUCCGCAGAAUCGCGUUAUAGAGUCUCUCAAAUUCGUCGUAUUGCCGAUCGAAAGUACGUCGCCGGGCCAUUCGAAGCCGGCCAUGUAUACGGAAUUGCAUCAGGACAACAGUCUCUCGCUCUUCUUCAACUCGCUUCAAGAGGAACAGGCAGGGAGAUAUACCUGCAAGGGAACGUACGCGAACUCGGUGCCUCUAAAUAAAUCGGUCACGAUCGAUACCAUUGUUGCGAUUACCUGGGACGACGCACCGAAAAAUCAAUAUCCGAUCCUCGGUGAGGAUUUCUCGAUCCUUUGCAAAGUCCGUGCCAGGCCCUCACCCUCCGUCGAUUGGCUUUACAACGGGGAGCUGGUAAAGACGAACGAUCAUUACAUCAUCGACACCCAUGCGCUAAAGAUAAAAAAUGUUCAAGAGUCCGACGACGGUAUUUACACGUGUCGCGCCUCCGUGCCGACUACCGGUGAACUCCGGGAACGGCCAAUACGCGUUGAGGUCCACGUACGUCCAACCAUCGAGGAACGUUCCACUCCGGUCGACAUAAUCGAAGGAGAAAACGAGAACAUCGAGUGCAAAGCGAAAGGCAAGCCACCGCCAAAGUAUACCUGGGUGAAAUCCCUUACGAAGCAAAAUCUUUCGAACGCCGAUCGUUUUACCGUUAAUCCGGAUACCGGUGACUUGGCCAUUAUCACCGUAAAUCGGGAAGACGCCGGGGAGUAUCAGUGCACCGCGACAAACGCGGCAGGUUCGGCCACCAGCAACAUAGUCGUAAACGUGAUCGUAAAGCCAAAAAUCAUGGAGUUCCCUAACGUGACGGUGAUACAGGGUAACGAGGUUGACGUCAGGUGUAAAGCGUUUGGUAGGCCACCACCCAAGGUGACCUUCAGGAAGCACACCGCCGAGAAAGCUUACGUCAUCGGAACUCAGGCGGACGACGGCAGAAUAGUUUUGGUUAAUCAACCGGACGAGGUUACCGGCGAGACCGUUGGCACUCUUAACAUUCGCGACGUUCUUAGAUCGUACGAUGGUCUUUACGAGUGCGUGGCCGAGAAUGCCGGUGGGGUGGCUCAUAAAAAUGGUCACGUAACCGUCGAAUUUCCCCCGUCGUUCGCUUUCAUGCAGAACAACACCGUCUGGUCUUGGGACAGGAGGCCCGUCAAUUUGACCUGCAUCGCCGAGAGCAUACCGAACGCCACGAUCACGUGGAUGAUGGCCGGAAAUAAAAAGAUCGAGAACGUGCCGGAGAUCAAACAGUACGGCAAGGGUCCGAACUCCGUGCUCAUGAUCGUACCAUUGGACAGCAGAUAUUACACGGAUUACAAAUGUAUCGCGGCGAAUUCGCACGGCACGCGAGAGAUUAUUAUCGAAUUGAGACAAGCCACGAGGCCGAACGAACUCUUGCAAGCCAAGAUGGCCGAGAUCACGGCCACUACCAUCCGAUUCGAUCUCGUACCGCCGCCCACUCAUCCAGAUUUGCCCGUUAAAAGUGUCGUCGUACAGUACAAAGAGGAGAUUCAGACUUGGGACGAGGCUAGGAAUAGAACCUGGUCGAUAGAUUCCGUUUACGUCAUCGAAGGCUUGAAACCUCAAACCUCUUACGAUUAUCGAUUUGCUGCGAUAAACAAGGUCGGUCAGGGCAAUUGGGGUACGUUUUAUCGUGAAACCACACCCGGAAGGACCUUUCCCAAAGAACCAAAGAUCAUAACGAAAGGAUCGAGCGAGUACGACGUCUCGGCGUUCAGCAAUCAGUAUGAACUUUUCUGGACCGUUCCGCCGGACAACGGUGAACCAAUAGACAUGUAUCUUAUUAGAUAUUGUCAGAUCAAACGAGUAACCGACGGUGGCUGGCAAACCGAGGAGGAUACCUGCAAAACGUUGGACGUUAAAGGUGCCGGAAGAACGAAAUAUUGGCUAAAGGAUCUCCGCUCUGACAAUUUUUACAGCGUCGAAGUAAAGGCUCACAACGCUAUGGGAUUUAGCAAUCCGGGUGUCACCAAAUUCAAGACUGCCAGGGAAUCUACAGGCAGCGUUGUGGACUACACAAUAGUAUCAUCUGGGGAUACUUCCAAGCUCGCCGUGACCGCCAUUGCCACGACAAUAAUGAUUCUAUUUUCAAACAUUUAAAAUCGUCGUCUCUCUUAGGACCGUAUCGUUAUAUUAAAUUAAUUCCCUCCUGUUGUUGUUCUUUCUCUGUAAAUUGUAUAACACGCAAAUUUAGUACUCUCUCUCAGAGCGAAAACGAAACAAAACACCUACGGCACUUACUGCUACCCGUUACUUACACCGCUGGCUAUACGACGAGUCUACGUAUACAAAAAAAAUAUACUACGUAUCGCUUACGUUAUUAUCGUUCGACAUUUGUUUUACCGGGAUUUUUAUUUGUUCAUCGCCGUCGACGAUUCACGUUUAUUAUUAUUACUUCUUCUAUCUCUCCGCACAAGCCCCCCCCCCCCCCCCCGCCAUCCCCAGGACCCCUUUUUUUCUCUCAUUUCUUUUUCUCGAUGGAUAAAAGACAAGAAAAUAUUUCUUUAUUCAGCCUUUAAUCCGCCCGUGAAAACGAGCUAUACUCGUCGCAUACGUACACGAUUACAUUGUAUAUCAGAAUAUGCGCGUGAAAAGAUAUACAUUCUUCUCGCUACGAAGCAUCGACUUUUUAUGCGUCGAUUUACGCGUUGAAAGUAAAACGGAUAAAAGUGAAACGAAACAAAACAAAACAGAGACAAGAAGGAAAGAGUUGAUAAAAGAGUUCCGUUAAAAUUCUUCUCGUCCGUAUAGAAAUGAUGUAAAACUAUCGGCACACAUACACAUACAUUCCGAAUUUAGUAGUGCAUCGAAAAUAGCGUUUAAGGGAAAGAAAAAGAAAGAAAAAGCAAAUUAUUCCCCCACAUUUUUAUAUCUCCAUAUUAUUUAUAUAUGAUGUAUAUAUACGUAUAUACGUGCGAUACACACACAUAGCGUAUCUAUAGAUAAUUAUUAUUAAUUGCUCCCUCCUUUAGACGAAUUUAUUAAUACGUUACUUCUUCCUUUUGGUUUUCCUUCAAUUUUGUUUCCUUCCUUAGGCGAAGCUUAACGCGCUAUGUCUCUUCGGUGUUGUUUAAGUUUUAAAGGGUUACAGAGUACGAACUUGCUUUUCAUAUUUCAAUUCGAAGCGUUAUUAGUGCUCCGCACGAUGAACUGCCAAUUAUUUUUUGAUCGUAGGUGCGUCUAGUUUCUUUCGCAAAGAUAAAUUUAUAGUUUAAUUAUUAACGAAAUAUAUAUCGGUCUUGUACAAAACACAAUCUCGAAAUUAUUCGUCGAAUGGAAACGUCGGUGCAACGAUAAAAAGUAAGAGACAAACGAGGAAUAAUUGUUCUUUCCGUUUUGUUUUAUUUCUCUUCCUGUCUUUUGUUUUUUUUUUUUGUUUUUUUUUCUUCUUUUUCUCUUCUUCAUACCACGGCAUACGUUUGCGCGUGCUCUACGUGUGUUUUGUACAGUCGUGACGAUAGUUUGGUGCAUAUACGAUAAUAUAAUACACAUAUAGGUUUCUAUUUUCACGUUGAAUCUAAGAGAAAUAAAAGUUACUUGCUUUAGAUUGGCCUAAGGUUAAAUGCUACAAAAGCAAAAGAAAAAAAGAAAAGCGUAGAGAAAAGCCAACGGAUAAUAUUUGCAGAAUAAUUUGGCGAUUUGUUUUUUUUUCUUUCCUCCUAUCCGCGUAUUCCCUUCUAACAGAAGGUUGAAAAGAGACUCACUCGAUGUUCUCUCGUCUGGACGAUGCGCGUGUUUCUCGAGAACCAAAGAAUCCCCAAGCAACCGAAUCUCGGAUCUCGGAUCUCGGACGUCGUUAUUGCGACGUUAACAAGACGCGAAUGUGUGAAAAGCGGACGUUACCGUGCGAGCGCAUACGAGGACGAACGAGAGAAUCGAUCGAUUGGAUAGACUCUUGCAUUUUUUAAUAUUUUUCUUUUUUUUCUUCCUCAUUUUAGUUUUGGGCUCACUUAUACGCGCAGUCGCGUACGAUUCUUUUCUCUUCUUUCUUUUUUUCUUUUUAUUGGGAUUUUAUUCAGUCAUUAAUUUUGCUUAAUUAGUUUUUGGAAAAUACAUGUUUAGUGCGCAUGGUCUAUGUGUUAUUAUUAUUAUUAUUAUUAUUAUUAUUAUUAUUAUUACUACUACUACUACUGCUACUAUAAUUAUUAUUUACUUAUUAUUACUACUACUACUAUUAUUAUCAUCAUCAUCAUCAUCAUCAUCAUCAUCAUCAUCAUCAUCAUCAACAUCAUCAUGAUGACGCAUAGGUAACAUUAUUAUGUUCAUCAUCAUCUCUUUAAGUAGUUAUUAUAAAUCUAUUAUUAUUAUUAUUUUUAUUAUCAAUAUAUUAUCAUAAUAUCUGUUGAUAUUGUACCACUCCACUGUAUUACUACAACAUAUUAUCGUUAGUAUUAGUAAUUACCAAUACCAUUAUCAUUACCAUUACUAUUGCAACCAUUGUUAGUUGUUACAGGAAGGAUCAAUUUUUCUCACGAACAGCGAAGCGAUCGAAUGGAGAUUGAUCUAUCGAUCGAAGUACGACUCGAAACGAAAAUCUCGUCGUUUGAUAUCCGAAAUUUGUCUCGAUCUCUAUCGACUUUACUCAAGUGCCUAAUUUAAUGUGAAAAACGACGGCGAGAUUUUCGUCAAAGACGUUCAUUGCGAAUCUUUUUAUUUUUUUUCCCCUAGUGUAUACGUAUACGACAUAAAUUAUUAUUUAUUCGAGUGUGCCUGGGUUUUUGGAUAUAUACAUACAUAUACCUAUGUAUAUUAAAGGCCACCAUACCAUCUCGCAUGGCAUGCGCUGCUUUCUCUCUCUUUUUAAUCUCGUAUUAUUAUUUUUUUGUUUAAUUCGUUCGUUCGUUCGUUCGUUCGUUCGUUCGUUUUUAGUUUUCCUUUUACUUCGGUUUCUACUUUGAUGUCAUCACGGGUGUUUGCUCGUGCGGGCCCGCACGCGGGCGCGCAUACACACAUGUCUAUAUAUAUAUGGCUGCGUGCGUGCGCGCGCGUGUGUGUGUAUAUGUGUGUAUGUACGUAAAUAUAUCCUUAGCUCUUAAGAAAUUUAUGAUCGAUCUGCCGAGGAUAAUAUAUUCGAGGAUGAUAGUAGAAAUAUACAUACACAUGCAUACAUAUAUGUAUACAUAUAUAUGUAUAUAAAUACGCACUUGUAUCGAGGGAGAAAGAGAAAGAUCCAAUGUCGGAAAGGUGGAAGAAAUCAUUCCUGCUAAUAAUGAAGAGCGAAAAAGAUGAAAAGAAAAACGUUUAGGAAAGCUGUUUUUUCUUUCUUUCUCUUUCUACCAAGAAAAUUAUUCUCGAGUGGAUACAAGAUACUCGGGGUUGUUGCAUUCGCGAAGCUUCUGCGUUGCAUCGUCUUUUAAAGGUCUUCUACUUGAUCUUAUCGAUAUACGGAUGACCAGACGACGAUAAGAGAGAGAGAGAGAGAGAGAGAGAGAGAGAGAGAUCAUUGAUGCUCUUGAAAGCAAAUUCGUUCAAGGAACUCUCGUAGAGAAACGAACGGUGUUGUUAUAAAUAGUACACUUUAAAGAGGAAAUUGAGAAAGAUGGAAGAGAGGAUGGCGAGGAAAGGGAAAGAUUCGUGAUAUUCGCGUGCUAACGAUGGCUAGAAGAGAGAGAGAGAGAGAGAAACACGUAGAAAACGUAGGUCAAGAAACCGCAAAGAUCUAUUUUCGAAGUGGCUCUUUCGUCCAAAGUCUCUUGAGAGGAAGAGAGAGAGAGAGAGAGAGAAAAUUCGCCCGCGUGCCAUGGACGACGUUGAUGCGAUAAUAGUGUUUGGCUUUCUCUUUUUCUCAUUCGUGUUUCGAACGUUAGAAAGUUUAUCGCUUGCUCGCAUUCGUGACGAAAACACGUUUAAGCCUUCUCUUUUCAUCGUUUCUGAAAUAAGAUUGAAAAGGAACCGUGAGAAUUUGGAUUUUAUUUUUAUUCUGAACGGUCCGUUUGAUAUUUCAUGUUUUAUCUUUUUCUCGUGUCUAUGCUUUUUUCUUUUUUUUUUCUUGACGUGUUUUGUUUUUACGCCUUUCAUACAAUUUUCUCAAACUCUUUCUCUCAUCUGUCAACCGUUCGUACCCACCUCGUCCUCUUUUCCGGGAUAUAUUAAAUGGAAGAAAAUCAACAAAAGAAAAAACAGCACAUGCGUCGUUGGUCGUAUUCCAGUAAAAUAUACAACACUUAUAUGAUGUAACAUGUACAAAAAACGUAUCUUUGUAUUAAAUAUUAAUCUUAGAUAGCAUUUACACGCGCGUUUAAGGAUUAUGUAUUAGCCUAGUGCCUACAUGAACAUGCUCGUAUUUAUGGUGAGAAUUUAGAAACGUGUGUGUAGCCGUCAUUUUCCUUCCUGAGGAACGUGCAAAACAUUGUAAAUAUUAGACGCAUAACAAACGGAAAAUAUAUGUCAAUGUACCAAGGAAAAGAGAUAUAAAGAAAAGGAAAGAAAAAAAAAAGAACGAGCGAUCUCAUCGAAAACGCGUCGAGGGAGAAGCCAUCGUCAAAUCCGUCAGUAUUUUUCACAUUUUCCUUGAUCGACCGAAACUACAAGGAAAAGAAUAAUGGGGGAGGAAACUGUCAAGUUUCUCGAGUCUCUAAAAAAAAAAAAAAAUAAAAGAAAAUUUGGGCCAAAGAUCUGCACGAAUUUGAGAUGGUUUCUUCGCCAGCCGUCUCCUUUAUUUGUUUUUCUCGCUUCUCAUACACUCCAUCUGAUAUUUUUUUUCUUUUUUUUCUUUUUUUUUUUUUUUUUUCUUUUUUUUUUUUGAUACAAAAAGAAAGAAAAACGAAAUUGUCCAAUGGGAAGCAACGCGCGGCAAGCAAGGACGGUAAAUAUGCCUGUACUACACACGCAUAACAAGAGAAGAUACAACAAAGUAGUAUUAUUACACGUAUCUACUAUUAUCUGCAUACACACGCACACGCACACAUGUAUAUCACAUUUUAUUGCUACAGUAGUGUGAAUUGUAAUUGAAAGAAAACACAAAAAAAAAAAACUAAAAUAAUAAUACUAACGAAUAAAAAUAAAAAAAAGUAGCAAAGGAGGAUGCGCGCGAGGAGGCACUCGAUGGAAAUGCUUUUUUGUGAAGGUAGCACUUACGUAGAUUAGCGAAGGCUUAGAUGGAAUUAAAAGAGAAAGGAAAAAACCAAGUAAACAAUUAACACACUAGGCGUAUUCGUCAUAGGCGUAUUUAUCGAACGUAGCUUUUUCAUCCCAUUUUUUUUCCUCUUACACGGAUAUUUCCCUUCCCUUCUUUCUUUUCUCUCAGCUUUAUCGCGACCAAUAGUCUAACCUUAUUCUCUUUCUCUCUCUCUCUCAGUGUUGUUAUUGCGUCGCUGUAUCGUUGUUAAUCUACCGCUUCUUUUAUCUCUGUUGCUGCACUGCUACUCGUAAAGAGUUAACGCCUGACUUGUGUACGCUAUUCCUCUUUUUUUUUUUAUAUUAUCACAUAUUCUAUACUUAUUAAUCGUGACAUGUACUACACAUAUGUAUGUAAAACCAUCGUUAACUUUGGUUUUUCCGUAAAAACCCGCUUUGAUAAAGACGGAUUUUUGGCACGUACCCAAAAACCCAUGUUCGACAACGGUAUCACCUUUACUUCCAGCCCCCAUCAGCCCAACCUACCGUCUUGUUUCUUUUCAGGAUACUAAAAAACGAUUGUACGAAGCGAACGUGUCAGGUGACAUCGAGACGAGCAUUGCGUUAGGAUUAUAUUGAUUGUAGUUACUGUGUAAAAUAAUCAAAAAGAAAAAAGAUGGAAAGAUGAAAUUCGUACACGAAAUCUCGUUCAAUCGUCUCGUCGAAAAUGUUAUUUCGACUUGUCACCAGGCAUUUUCGCGACACUCGAGCUUUUUGCACUAACGAAACCGCAAUGAAAAAGGCUAUUACUAUUUUUGCAAAAGCUUUCGACAUAAAACGUUCUUGAUACAUUCAUCCUUUUUCUUUUUUUGUUCCUCUUGAAGGUCUAGAUACGACGGUGGUACAUCAUCAGGGUCCUUUGAUAUCCAGCGCCGCGAUAAUCGGUAUCGUUAUCGCCGUGCUCU